AUGGCGUCAGCUGGACCGCAUCCGAGCGCCCAAGAAUGGCAUUCAGAGGCACACACGAAUCGUAGUGGGGUUCACACAACUUUCCCCAUUGUCAACAAUACUGGACUCAUCCCUCCACGAGAAGUGUUACCGAGCAAUUUCCAUCCGAUAUUUCCGUAUGAAGUCUUCAAUGCCGUACAGUCAAAGUGCUUCCCGCUCGUCUAUGGCUCGACCGACAACAUUGUUGUGUCCGCCCCCACCGGUUCAGGCAAGACGGCGAUCCUCGAAAUGGCCAUCUGUAGGCUUCUUGGUUCACCAGGGGGCGAGAACUUCAAAAUCGUCUACCAGGCGCCCACCAAGUCGCUAUGUUCCGAACGUUCUAGGGACUGGGAGCGAAAGUUCAGACACAUGAAUAUUCGCUGUGUGGAGCUCACCGGAGACACGUCCCAAGCUGAGGCACGCCGGGUUGGAAGUGCUUCAAUCAUAGUCACAACCCCUGAGAAAUGGGACUCCAUCACUCGAAAAUGGUCUGACCACCGCAAGUUGCUCGAGAUGGUGCGUUUGGUACUCAUUGACGAAGUCCAUAUCCUCAAGGACGUCAGAGGCGCCACACUCGAGGCCGUGGUGUCUCGCAUGAAGACAAUUGGCGCACAUGCGCGUUUUGUUGGUCUUAGUGCGACAGUACCCAAUAUUCAAGACAUCGCAACUUGGCUAGGCUUGAACCAUGGCAAUCAGACAUCUCCUGCCAGAUUCGAGGCAUUCGGCGAGGAGAUGCGUCCUGUGCAGCUCAAGAAAUAUGUAUACGGAUUUCCAAACGCGCCAAACGAUUUCGUCUUCGAAAAGUCGCUUGACGGCAAGCUCCACGUCUUGCUUGCGAAGCACAGUGAGCGCAAGCCGAUCAUGGUGUUCUGCUUCACACGAAGGUCGUGCGAAGGCACUGCUCGUAAACUAGCAGAAUGGUGGGCGGCAUGCAGCAAUGACAACAAAGCAUGGGCACCACCACUCGGUCGCGUUCGGGUUGUACACAAGGAGUUGCAGGAGAUCGUCCCCUUUGGCGUAGCAUGGCAUCACGCUGGUCUAGAACAGCAGGACAGAGAAGCGGUCGAGCAGGGCUUCCUCAAAGGCAACCUGCAAGUGAUCUGCUGCACUUCGACCUUGGCGGUUGGCGUCAAUCUCCCAUGCCAUACAGUUGUCAUCAAAGGCACAGCAGGUUACUCAAACAAUCAACCACAGGAGUACUCUGACCUCGAGGUCAUGCAGAUGCUGGGCCGAGCUGGUCGCCCACAAUUCGACAAAUCGGCCGUAGGCAUCAUUAUGACAAGGCAAGAGAAUGUGCAGCGAUAUUCCGCCAUGGUCACUGGAGAACAGCUGCUGGAGAGCACCCUCCACCUGAAUCUACUGGAGCACCUGAACUCCGAGGUGGGCCUCGGCACAAUCAAGGAUAUUCAGACGGCACGUAAAUGGGUCAGCGGCACGUUCUUGAGCGUUCGUAUGCGGCAAGCCCCCGGGCAUUACAAUGCAGACGGUGUACACACCACAUCCGAUGCAGACACACGCAUGCAAGAAUGGUGCGAAAGAGACAUAGGUCUACUGCAAGAGCACGGCCUUAUCAGUACGAGCACGCCUUUUAGCUGCACAGAGUACGGCAACGCGAUGGCAAGGUAUAUGGUGCAGUUUGAGACCAUGAAGCUUCUUUUGGCCGUUCCUUCAGGGGCCAGCUUAGAGGAGAUGCUGAUCGUGUUAUGCCAAGCGAAAGAGCUUACCGAGUUCCGUCUGAAGGCAAAUGAGCGGGCCUUUUUCCGGAGCAUCAAUUCAGGAAAAUUCGUCCGCUUCCCAAUCCAAGAAAAUUUGACACAAUCGUGGCACAAAGUCUUUUUGAUUGUCCAAGUGUACCUGGGCGGAUGCGAAUGGCCCAACGACAAAGACGCGGGUGGCAUCAAACGACAAAUGUCCGUGGAGAAGACCGUUAUUUUAGACCGGCUGAAUCGACUUGUUCGUUGCCUGAUUGACUGCAAAGCGUAUGAUGGCGAUGGCGAAGGUACGCGAACUGCGUUGGAAUUGGCUCGGUCACUUGCCGCAAACUCCUGGGAUGGCCAACCCUGUCAAUUGAUGCAAAUACCCGGCUUCGGACCUGUUGCUGCGCGAAAAUGGAAUGCCCACGGCGUAAACACGGUCAAGGCCAUCGCGGAGAUGGACUUCCAGGACAUCGAACGCAUCGCCAGUCGGAACCCUCCAUUUGGAAGAAACUUGUCGAAAUUGUUACAAGACUUCCCGCGACUUCAACUCGAUGUGUCGCUGCAUGAACCAGGUCACUUCGAGGCACCGCAGGAUAUCAUUCUAGCCACAGUUCAAGCACAUCUCCGCCAUACGACACCAAGCAAGCCCCCAACCUGGAAUAAGAAAAUCCCUGCCGUCAGCUUCAUUGUGACUGUCUCAGAUGGCAGUCUUGGUUUUGUGUGGCGUGGAAACAUCAACAAAAUCGACCACGAGAAAGGGUUGACCCUCAAGUUCUCAGUGCCUCUCAACUGUCCAGCGCAAAUAAUCACCUCCUCCUUCAGCUGCGAAGAGAUCGUCGGCACAGAAGUGACUUCCGUAUUGGAGUCGCAGCUCCCUGCGUCAGCUUUCAUCAAGCGAACAAAUGAGAGGAGCAUAUCGCGCACGACAAAGACGAUACCAAAGCAGGGAGCGAGCAAAGAACUUGAUUACAACGACAUACCCGACGAGGAUCUGCUUGCUGCUCUGGAGCCUGCUCUAUCUCAACGCUGCAAUCCCGCCCACAUCAAUCAGCAGGAUGGUUCAAGUCUGUGCGACUUGCCUUUGAUCGAUGAUGUUCCUCGGAGAGCUAAGUCACCCGAAGUAUACGAGCCAGAGAAAAUGCAAAAUGGCCGGUGGAUGUGCAACCACGUGUGCCGCAACAAGGGCCUUACAAAGUCCGGGAAGCCCUGCAGCCACAAAUGUUGUACAGAAGGUUUGGACAAGCCUCGAGCGCCAGUUCAGACGAAGAAGUCGAGCAUCGCUGCCAGCAAGGAU